AUGUGCGACCAGCAGUUCACCUCCAAAGGUGACCUCACUGCCCACACGCGAGGCCAUGCAGACAACAAACCCGCCCAAAUCAAUUGCUCCAUGUGCGGUUGGCCCUUCGAGGACUCUCUGUCACUUGAAGACCACAAGAUCAAGAGUGGUCAUGACAAGCCUCGUUUCACAUGCGAAAACUGUGGCCAGGGCUUCGUGACGCCUCGAUCGCUUGAGGCCCACAAGAAACCACCGUACGGAUGCUCACCAGUAUUGACAGGUGUGGCCAGCAAGCCGGCUGCAAAGGCGCCAGCACCUACUUCCGUCACUUGUGAUAGGUGUGGGAAGACAUUCAAGAACCGUCAAGAGCACGACAGCCAUCGCAGCUUCUCAAACGAUGGACCGUGUGCCGACCACAACCAUAAGUCACCGCCCAAGAACCGUGUGGUCUACAAGGACCCGGAUGCGCCCAAUAAUAAUCCAGUGGGUGAGAUUCUGGGCUAUGCGUCGUCUGAUGGGGAAGGUGCGGUUGCUGGCAACACUGCGACAGCUCCCUCUGACCUGAGUGCGGACGACAUUUGGUGCGCACAGUGCCGAACUCGCUUCAAAUCAUAUGCUCAACAUGUCAAUCACACUCUGUGGUGUGUCACAAAGCAUGGUCCGACUGAGGAGGCGGCUCCAAGCCAGGUCUCUGCGCGAUCAACCUCUGAAGCCAUCCAGCCUCCAGUCCUGCCCGAAGUGGUCGUGGGGGUGCUCGAGGAGGAGGUGGUCGUGGCCAAGGUGGACGACCUCCGCUACCCCCGGCUCCUAGAGCAGGCCAGCACUUCACUCCUGCUCCUAUCCCUGCGUUCGCCGCCUAUGCAAGUGCUGCGCCAGGGAGAAUCUUCCGUCCGUCACGUUGGAGGUGUCUUCGAAAUGGAACAAGCAAAGCAUAUCCAGGGCAAGAUUCUGCGCUUGCUGAUUCAGUCCGAUAUCUUCAUUCGAAAUGAUGGCAAGAUGGGCGUCUGCGGCAUCGAAUGGACUCGCAUAGGCGUCGAGAAGCAGCCCGACGUGCCUGGCAUGUUCGAAGGCAUGUGCCACCUGCCCAAGAUCCUCCAGGGCGAGUACCUCCCGCCCCCGAAUACCUUCAAGUCCGAUUAUCAGCUCCAGUAUCCAGCGUCCGAGUUCGAGGCGGCCCCGGCUCGUGAUCGUAACAAGCCUGGCCUUGGAGUCGUCGCUAUCGCAUGCAGCAAAGUCGUACUCGCCGAUGGCCUUCAGGAGGUCGUCAAAAUCGCUGCGGUCGACGUUGUUACGUGCCGGAUCCUCAUGAACCACCUUAUAUGCAACAAUGGCACUGCUCGAGUUAAGAACUGGCGCUCCGAUGAGACUGGCUUGUACAGCUGGGACGAUAUGGAGCAGGCUCGCAAGCUGGGUUACAAGAUUUUCAAGGGUUGGUGUGCUGCACGCUCUGCGCUUUCGAAAUUCAUCGACAAAGAUACCAUCAUUCUUGGCCAUGACUUGCGUUCAGAUCUCGAUUGCCUUCGGAUGAUCCACGGUCGCGCAGUCGAUAUUGCCAAAGUCGCCGAAAAGGCAGCCAAAGGCCCACUUUCGAAGCCACAGCUGAGUUUGGAUAGCCUUUGUCGCGAUUUCAAUGGCGUUGUUCUGAAGAGCGAUCCUGAAUAUGGCCGCGAUAUGCUCAUGAACGCGUUCGCUGUACGUGAAAUGGGACUUUGGCUUCUCAAGAACAAGGAGGAGUUUGAGAAGAAGAUUCGCCAAAAGAGCUCGGACUAUCAGCGCAUCAUGCCGCGCACUGCAGCAGCUUAG